UAUAAAGCCUUUUAGAGUAUGAAUUAUAAGCAUUUUCGGUGACGGGUAUUUUUUACCAUUAUAAUAUCCACAUUAAGCUGAAUAAUAAGGACCGUUAGAGGAGUUUUAUUUGUCAUUAGAUAUAGAUAGAUUCAUGUUUUAACACAUAGAUUCUGGUUUUUUAAUUCAUAUAAACCAUCUGGCACUAUCUAUUUGUAUUAUUUUAUUUUUUGUAGAGUGAAGUAAACGCCUUGGGUCGUCUCUUGCAAGAAGAGCAUAUGGUGAUCAUUACUCAUCAUAUUCUUCAUGAUUCUAACAGGGAUGUGCUCUGCCUUCAUCUACAAACUGUGCCAGGAAGUUAGUCAGGGACAGUCAAAUGAUUAAGGAGCAAAUCCAGCACUCGUUCUCCGGGAGGGAGGAUGUGAUAUGCCGCAAGAUGCCGGUAGCCACUAUGCUGACCCCGGUGUCCACCAUUAUGCCUCGUCUUAGCGAGAUGAGCCUGCCCAGUAGUGCCUCUACCUCCCCACGUCUCCAAACGCUCUCGACUCCAAACCUGCGGGCGGCUCCAUGCCACGUGCCUUCCACAGGGGACAUACUGCCACUCGACGUCACCAAGCUGCAGCAGCACGUGUCUCUGGAGAACUUCUCCCGCGCUGCCGCCGUUGAGACAUACCAGCCACCGCAGGAGGAACAACAAUACACCAAGGAAGUCAAGGACAGUGAGUCUCAGACCCGGGAAUCCCAGUUUGUCUUCACCUCAGUGGACAGCCUCAUGCCCCCGCCCCCACCACCACCCAGGGUACCGACUGUGUUUCUGGAGACGGACCUGGACUUCCAUCCUGCUUUCCACCCCCAGAGGCCACUGAAAAUGCCAACUUUCUCCAGCCUCGGCCACAGCCGGAGUCAUGAGAAUCUGCCACAGACAAGGUGUUCAGAAGCGCCGCAAAUGCCAGUGGGCUACGCCACAGUGCGCCGCACUGCCCCGGACGUGAUAGCCGCUCACUGACGAAGGGAAAAUGCCGAGUGGGAGCCGUACAAGCGACGGGUUCCACGUCGGCAACUUCACCUGGUCCGGGGGCAGACGAUGGAGCGGGCAGUACAGUGUACCUUGGACACGGACAGGUGAGGGAGCGUUGGUCUGACAUGGUAUUCGUGACAGAACGCCCUCCAUUCGCCUUCCCUACCCACUCGGAGACUUCUGCUGGCGGGACGAGAUGCUCUUUAACAUUGGACGUCUUGGCGACACCCACCACUGACACAACCACUUCGAGUUGUAGACGAUGUUGUAGUGGCACCACUUAGUACCAGAUGUAAUUUAGAGAUGGAUUUUACAUAGUUUGUCACGGGAGUCUAAGUAUUAUGUGUGUACUACGGAACUGAUUACAUUGUAACGAUAGUGUAAAAUAAAACUGUAAAGUAUGAUUUGCCUUAAGGUGUAAAAACAGCGAUGCUAUGAAUGAUAUACUUAGGUUAAUCUUUAUUUUACUUACAUUAAUGAUUAGAAUUAAUUUUAUAUCUUAUUUAACCUCAAUUGAAAAUAUUGUACAGUUUUUCUUAUUUUAUUUGAGUUUUUCGUUUUUUUAAUUGAAGAUUGGAGGUACGUAGAUGUGAACUAAUUUUAUAAAAAAUAUUCUUAAAUAUAAUUAAUUGGUAUUGUUUUGAUUAUUAAGGCGUGAAUUGCGUAAUAAGUAAAGAAUUUGCUUAGUUUCAGCCCUUAAUGCUACUGUGAUACGUGUUGUAUUAACAAGAAGUAUACAUUACCAAUCUAAAAAGUGAAAUGUUUGUAAUUAAUAGCUGUUAAAUUUUUCAUGAAUUGUAAUAAUAUAGUUUUAAAAGUAUUAUGGUGAAGAAGAGAUCACAUGUACCUUCACGUUAUUCCGACAGUGUAUGUACAAAGUACUCAUGUUUGUUGAGUGAAAUAAAUUAAUAUUUUUGUACUUUC